AUGCUCCUUCUCCAACCGCUCGCUCUGCUCCUCGCAGCAGUCGCGCCGCUCGUGUCGGUCGUGUGCGCCGACACUGAGAUCCGCAACUUUGCCCUCCCGCUCGUCGACGGGCGCCAAAUGACGAUCCAGCAGAUGCCAGACAUGACCCUCAAGCCCAACACGCCAACGACGCUCACCCUCUCGUCGUCCCGCCCCCACAUCCGCAUCGCGCUCCUCGCCGAGCCCCGGGGCAGCUGGACGACGCGCGUGUCGUGGCCCGCGUCCACGCCCACGCGCUUCGAAAUGGACAUUCAACCGGGAACGGCGGGCGCGCCCGCCGUGCUGUUCUUGAAGGCCAGCCCGCUCAGCCCGCGUAUAGACCACACGAGGGUGCUGGGAUACCUCGGCCGCAUUGUCGGGCUGGAUGUGGGGACGGGCAGUGGCCACCUGGCGGACCCGUCGUCGUUCAGCACGACGUUUACCGUCGUCCUUGAGCCGCUGAUGUUUGGGGUCCUGCCCCGGACCGCUAUCCCUGCGGUUAUCGCCAUCCUCAUUCUCUGCGUGAGCGUCUGGUUCUUCAAGCCGUUCUUGAUCAAAGGGUUUGAGAGCGUCAUUCGCCGCGUCGACGCCGAAGAGGCCGAGAACACGGCCACGGACGCGGGCACGGGCACGGCAGAGGCCAAGGACAAGACCAAGGACGAGUGA